AUUGAAUAGAGCCUCUCUCGAUAAUAAAAGGCCAAGAUGCGCCCGACGCAAGUGAGGAUGACGAGCGAGAUGCCUGGUGGGAAGCACUAUAUGGGAUGGUGGGGUGAUAUGGGUGGACCGAAGCAAAAGGGAAUUAUUCAAUACGCUGUAUCCUCAACGCGACAAGCCCCAAUGCGAGACGCCUUCAAAGGGUACCUCUUCAGCGGAUUCUGGCGUAUUGCGGGUCAUUUGCCUUUCGUCGUCCCGCCAUUUGCAAUUGGGUACGCGAUUUACGCGUAUGCGAAGAAGCAGGAUGCUUGGCAGACGAGUAAGGCUGGACAUCUUGCGAUGAUGGAGAAGGAGGGCGGGCAUCAUUAAAUACCAAUUCUGUGGAUGUUUUCUCCAUAAUGCAUCGAAUCAA